AUGGCAGCCUGUCGUGUCAGGAUCGUUUUUUUCGGAGUGUUGCUCGUUUGUAACAUCAACAUGGCCGCUUCGCUCCACCCCUCCCGUCAUCAGUCCCUUUCCUACAUCUGCAUUCUCUUCCCUCAGCAAAGCCCCAUGCUCAGAAGCAGAGCUCCGGCCGCACUCAUGUCCUCAGUCAUCGCUCCCUCCAAUCCCUCUGGCUCCACGGGACCCAAAGAGGUGGAGUUGAUCCUGGUGAAGGAGCAGAACGGUGUUCAGUUCACCACCUCCGCCCUCGUUGCACCGACCGGCCAGACUCAUCCGUCUGGAGAGGAGCGAGAAACCUGGGCCAAGAAAAUCGACUUCCUGCUGUCGGUCAUCGGCUUCGCAGUGGACCUCGCCAACGUCUGGAGGUUCCCGUACCUGUGCUACAAGAAUGGAGGAGGUGCCUUCCUCGUCCCCUACAUGUUCUUCAUGGUGAUUGCCGGGAUGCCGCUCUUCUAUAUGGAAUUAGCGUUGGGACAAUACAACCGUGAAGGAGCUGCGGGAGUAUGGAAGAUUUGUCCGAUAUUUAAAGGUGUCGGCUUCACGGUGAUCCUCAUCUCGCUGUACGUGGGUUUCUACUAUAACGUCAUCAUCGCCUGGGCGCUGUUCUACCUGUUCUCGUCGUUCUCCGCCGAGCUGCCGUGGGUCGACUGCAACAACACGUGGAACAGUGCAAACUGCUCGGACCUGAACGCCACCUUCCUGAAUGACUCGCACAAAGCCACGCCCGCUUUGGAGUACUUCGAGCGUGGUGUUCUGCACCUUCAGGACAGUACGGGGAUCGAUAAUCUCGGCCUGCCUCGCUGGCAGCUCACUUCCUGUCUCGCUGUCGUCAUCGUCAUCCUUUACUUCAGUCUGUGGAAGGGAGUCAAGACCUCAGGCAAAGUGGUGUGGAUCACUGCCACGAUGCCUUACGUGGUUCUGACGGUUCUCCUGCUGAGGGGUGUGACUCUGCCUGGAGCCAUCGACGGUAUUAAAGCCUACCUCAGUGUGGACUUCCUGCGCCUGUGUGAUGCUCAGGUCUGGAUCGAGGCGGCGACGCAAAUCUGCUUCUCUUUAGGAGUCGGCUUCGGCGUUUUAAUCGCCUUCUCCAGCUACAACAAAUUCACCAACAACUGCUACAGAGACGCCAUCAUCACCAGCUCCAUCAACUCCCUGACCAGCUUCUUCUCCGGCUUCGUCAUCUUCUCCUUCCUGGGCUACAUGUCGCAGAAACACAACGUGGCCCUGGAUAAAGUCGCCACUGACGGUCCUGGUUUGGUGUUUAUAAUUUACCCAGAAGCCAUUGCGACGUUGCCAGGCUCCUCCGUUUGGGCUGUGAUCUUCUUCAUCAUGCUCCUCACGCUGGGCAUCGACAGCGCCAUGGGCGGGAUGGAGUCUGUGAUCACGGGACUCAUCGACGAAUUCAAGUUCCUGCACAAACACAGAGAACUGUUCACACUCUUCAUCGUGGUGUCCACCUUCCUCAUCUCGCUCUUCUGCGUCACCAACGGAGGAAUCUACGUCUUCACGCUGUUGGACCACUUUGCGGCAGGGACAUCGAUCCUCUUCGGCGUGCUGAUUGAAGCCAUCGGCAUCGCCUGGUUUUAUGGUGUGGAUCGUUUCAGUGACGAUAUCCAGGAGAUGAUUGGGCAACGACCAGGAAUUUACUGGCGACUCUGCUGGAAAUUCGUCAGUCCUUGUUUCCUGCUGUUCAUGGUGGUGGUGAGCUUCGCGACCUUCAACCCCCCGAAAUACGGCUCCUACUCAUUCCCCACAUGGGCUAACAUGCUCGGCUGGUGUCUGUCCAUCUCCUCCAUGAUCAUGGUUCCCAUCUACGCCAUCUACAAGUUCUGCGUCCUGCCCGGAAGCUUCUGCACCAAACUGGCGUAUGCAAUCACGCCAGAGACGGAGCAUCACCUGGUGGAGCGCGGUGAAGUGCGGCAGUUCACGGUACGUUCAGAUGAGACUUUUAAGCUUGUCUUAAACGUGCACAAUUUAACCAUUUUUGUUGCAUAAUAAUAAUAAAAAAAAACUACUUUUCUUUCAUAUAAUU